AGUCGACCAACUUGACUUCAUUUUUAUUAUGUCCUCAGUCUGCCUCUUUCAGUAUGCGGUGUUAGUAAAUCUUAUUGUGUUAUGCGGGGCAACACUUCAUGCAGCUGCUACUAAACAUUUUCUAUCUCAGACAGGCUACGCCCAAACACAGGGACAGUCAAAGCUCCUUCCACUGCGAACACUACUAGGAGAUAUAAAUCACAAGGGGGCCAAAACAGUAAAUUUGUGCGCAGGAGUUGCUGAUGGAGACUACGCCGAUAUACAUAAUCCGUAUGGUUAUAUCACCUGCCGAGGAGGUCAGACAAUCCGUAAAAUCUGUCCACCAGGGAAGAUGUGGGAUACAGAGACGAAAAGCUGCGUCAUGCAACUCAAGCGGUCAAUUGCUAAUCAAAACAGUUUUGUUUAUCUGUGAAUAAAGUCAAAGAUCUUACUAACUGCAGCCU